GUUUUACAUUCGCAGUGAUCACAUCGUGGUGUGCUGGUGUCAAAGACGAUGAACACGUCCUUAAUCUGUAUAGCCGUCUCGCUGUUGGCGUUAGCGUAUGGCCAAGAUAGAGGUGAGGAACAGCUGACAUGCCCCGGUGGAUAUUGCGUUUCGAAGCACCUUUGUCCUAACGGCACGUUGGUUAAUGAUCCAACACUUGCCCAGAGUACUCAGCUCGUUGGAUUGCGCGUGGGGCUUGACAUAGAUGAUAUCGACUCGUGCGCAGAUUAUUUACUAAAAUGUUGUGAUACUGUAGCCACUGCAACAGUUAAUCCACUUGACAGUUGGGAAGAUAUUGAAAUACCUGCGCCUAGCGUUGAAUGCGGACAAUUUAACAAGAAUGGAUUGCACUAUCAACUGCAUCAUAAUGACUCCUUGGCACAGUAUGCCGAAUUCCCUUGGAUGGUUUACAUAAUGAAGGGUGAAAACCAAAAAUCAUCCCCGGCGCAUAGUAACUUUGUCUGUGGCGGUACUUUGAUUCAUCCUCGGUUUGUGGUAACAACGGCUCACAACACGGAUGGCAAAUCGAAUUUGAUCGCACGUUUCGGCGAAUGGGACAUUAGCACCACAAAGGAACCAUACCCACACAAGGAUAUCAGCGUCACGGAGAUCAUCAAACAUCCCGACUAUGUGCACAACCCCAUACAGAACGAUAUUGCACUGUUGUUGCUGGAGGAAAACGUACAAUACCACAAGCAUAUUCAACCAAUAUGUCUGCCGCAACCUAAUGAUCAGUUCGUAGGCGAAAGUUGCAUCUCCAACGGUUGGGGCGAGCAGCGUGGAGUGUACGCGAACGUGAUGAAGAAAAUAACGCUUCCGGUUAUUACCAACAAGGAGUGUACCCGUAUGCUGCGCUUUGCUGGGCUUGGACCAUUCUAUAAUCUCCGGGAGGGUUUCAUCUGUGCUGGUGGUGAAGCCGGUGUCGAUAUGUGCAAAGGCGACGGAGGAUCACCACUCGCGUGCCAAACCGAAAGUGGCACGUUCGUGCUGGCUGGAAUUGUUUCGUGGGGUAUUGGAUGUGGAGGCCAUGAAUUGCCCGGCAUGUACGUUGCUGUGAACCAGUACGUAGAUUGGAUCAACGAAAUCAUCACAGGCCAUAGUUUAGAAUUUGAUAUUACACUGUAAAACGCAAGAAGCGAACGGGCGGAUCUGUUAGGAUUACAUUUAGAAAACAAUAAAUGAUGCUUGGACAUUUGCUUGCAACAC